CGCCGUACGAAAGUCGGCCGACGGCGUCUUCGCGAGGCUGGCGCGUGACGUCGGCAGAAGGCGUCACGUGACCGAGCGAAAAGGAAGCCCCAAAGUCGCUCGGCGUCCCCCUUUGAUUUGGCGUCGUCGUCCCGCGUCCGCCCGUCACGCGUGCGAGUUGUGAGGGCGCCAUGUAUCGAGUUGCCCUCUCGUCAAGGCACGAGGGUCUCGCGGCGCCGGUCCCAGAGAGGGAGCGCCAGCGUAGCCCCCGCCUCGCCGCGCCCUCGUCCGAACCUCCGAGUGGGCGGGGAGACAGACGCCUCGCAGGAAGACUUGAGAACGUGAGAGCCGCGCGGAGGACACUUUUUCGAGAGCCCAUAUGCUCGCCUUGUGCCACCGUCGCCCACCUCACGCGUUCGACGCCGACGAGGAAGAGGAAGAGGAAGAGGAGAGCGGCGGCGGCGAUGUUUAGGCGACCCAGCGAGGUGCUCGGACGUGUGCCGCUCGGCUUCCUCGAGUAGACUUUUUUUUUUGUUUGCGGAGGGUGAGGGGGUGGGGGGUGUUUGCUAGUUUGUUUUGUUGGGCGUGGGUGAGAGUGAAAACUUCCGACGAGGCGGCUCCACGCCAAAUGUCGACGCCCUGAGCGGCGCGGGACCUCGGCCGGCCGAGCCGCCGCCAACUUUGUCGGCCAUGCAGGUGAAGAAGCAGCGGCGGUCGCGCCAGAGCGCCGGGGACGACGUGCCGCCGGCGGACGCCCCCCGCAAGAAGUCGUCGUCGUCGUGCUUCUCCAAUAUCAAGAUAUUCCUCAUUUCGGAAUGCGCCCUCAUGUUGGCCCAGGGCACCGUCGGAGCUUACCUGGUGAGCGUCCUGACCACGCUGGAGAGGCGCUUCAACCUGCAGAGCGCCGACGCGGGCGUGAUCGCCAGCAGCUUUGAGAUCGGCAACCUGGCGCUCAUCCUCUUCGUCAGCUACUUUGGGGCCAAGGCGCACCGGCCCCGGCUGAUCGGCUGCGGGGGCGUGGUCAUGGCCCUGGGCGCCCUCCUGUCGGCGCUGCCCGAGUUUUUGACCAAGCAGUACGAGAUCGGCGACACGUGGACGACCGAGGCCGGCCGCGACGUCUGCUCCAACGCCAGCGGCGCCGAAGUCCAGUCGGCCGAGGACGCCGUGUGCGCCAAGCGCAGCAACACCAACAUGAUGUACCUGCUCCUGAUCGGGGCCCAGGUCCUGCUGGGCGUCGGGGCCACGCCCGUGCAGCCUCUGGGCGUGUCUUACAUCGACGAUCACGUCAAGAAGAAGGACUCCUCCCUCUACAUAGGGAUCCUCUUUUCCACGCUGGUGUUCGGGCCCGCCUGCGGCUUCAUCCUGGGUUCCGUCUGCACCAAGUUCUACGUGGACGCCGUCUUCAUCGACGCCGAUAAGCUGGGAAUCGGCCCGGAAGACCCGCGGUGGAUCGGCGCCUGGUGGGCGGGCUUCCUCCUGUGCGCCGCCUUACUCUUCUGCUCGGCGCUGCCCAUGUUCGGCUUCCCUCAGUCGUUGCCCCGCAAGGACGGCGAGGAGGGUGCCGACAGCGAGCGGGCCAUGCUGCCCCCGCCCGCUCCUCCGGCUCCCAACUCGGAGGCUCCCAAGCCCCCCUCCUGCUGCCAGCAACUCAGGGUGAUCCCCAAGGUGACCAAAGAGCUGCUGUCCAACCCGGUGUUCACCUGCGUCAUCCUGGCCGCCUGCAUGGAAAUCGCCGUGGUGGCCGGCUUCGCCGCCUUUUUGGCCAAAUACCUGGAGCAGCAAUUUAACCUGACCACCACCUCGGCCAACCAGCUGCUAGGCAUGACGGCCAUCCCGUGCGCCUGCCUGGGCAUCUUCAUGGGAGGCCUGCUGGUGAAGAAGCUGAAGCUGUCGGCGCUGGGAGCCGUUCGCAUGGCCAUGCUGGUCAACCUGAUCUCCACCGCCUGCUACGUCUCCUUCCUCUUCCUGGGCUGCGACACGGGCUCGGUGGCGGGCGUCACCGCCAGCUACGGCAACAAUACGCUGCAGGUGGGCAAGAGGCCCGAAGCGCCGUGCAUCAAUGGCUGCAACUGCUUCACGUCGUCCAUCAGCCCCGUGUGCGGCUCGGACGGCGUCACCUACCUGUCGGCCUGCUUCGCCGGAUGCACCCGCGCCGUCGGGCAGAACCUGAGCGGAUGCGCUUGCGUCUCCCCCGAGAGCGAAUUAGCCACGGCGGUUGCGGGCAAAUGCCCGACGGCCGGCUGCCAGGAGGCCUUCCUCAUCUUCCUGUGCAUCAUCUGCUUGUGCAGCCUGGUGGGCGCCAUGGCCCAGACGCCCUCCGUCAUCGUUCUCAUCAGGACCGUCACCCCCGAGCUCAAGUCGUACGCGCUUGGCGUCUUGUUUCUCUUGCUGCGACUCCUGGGCUUCAUCCCGCCGCCCCUGAUCUUCGGGGCCACCAUCGACUCCACGUGCCUGUUCUGGAGCUCGGACUGCGGCGACAAAGGCGCGUGCCUGCUGUACGACAACCUGUCGUACCGCCGGCUGUACGUGAGCCUGGCCAUCAUCCUCAAGGCGGUGGCCUUCCUCCUCUACACCACCACCUGCUUCUGCCUCCGUCGCAACUACGACGCCUACAUCAAGAGCCACGAGGCCAACGUGGCCCCCGCCGACUUCUACCCGUCGCUCUCGGAGGCCCCCAAAGCGGACAGGACGCAGUUCAUAUAUAACCUGUCGGACCGCGAGUAUUGCGAAACCGUGGAGUCGGUUUUAUAGCGACUGCUUCGGGCACGCCGGAUCCUCUGGCCAAGGAACCCCUUCGUCCCGC